GUUGUGGCCGCACCCGAGUCAAAAUGGCGCCAGUGUUUGCGCGUGCGGCGGAUCGGAGCUGAGCUGAGCUGGGUUUGGGUUUGGGUUUGGGUGUCGGGCGGGACGGUACCGGGUCUCUGCCAUGAGUCUGUUUUACACCGAAUAGUUCAGUUUCCGCGACAUGGAGCAGGAGGACAGAGGUGAGGCAGAUGUUGUGGAUUUGCACUUCAGGGUUCGGACCGUGAUGGAGAUGCACCGAGAGGACGGUUCUGGUUUCGUCCUGCCCUUCACCGUGGAUGUUAAUGAGAACCGAGCUGAAGGGUGUAGAACACACACACUCCAACCUCAAAGUUCUCACAAGAAUCUGGUCUUCAAUUCAGCUCCAAAAUACAUGAACUCUGGAGUCACGUCUGAGGAAACAUCUCAAGAGAUCAAUGGAUUUCCAGAACCUCCAGCUGUGAUUGAGCAGAAAGAUGGAGACUCUGAACCGGACACGUCUAGACACACCAGAACACCUGGAGAACCUGAAUGUUUUAGAGAAAUUAAUCCAAACCUAAAUCAGAGCAGAAACCUUCACCAUUCUGGUGUUCAAGUGGCAACAUCUGGACUCGUAAACUUAAAUGAAGAAGACAAGAAUCUUUGGGGAUUCUGUGCUGGUGUCAGAAGAGAAGGUUCUGUAGGAAACAAUGGUGGCCUGAACACAUCUGGAGAAACCUCAGAUCAUAGCGGAACCCACUCCAGCUGGUUCAUAUCUGGUGGAAAAGCAAGUGAAGAGGGAAACAAUGGUCCUAAGAUAUCAUCUGGACACACAAAUACAUCAGACACAAGAGCUGCAGAUGUUUUCCAUUCCAUAGACUCCACACUUGCAAUUGGAGAAUCCUAUGACAAUCAGGCCACAUCUGCAGGAACAUCAGGUGCUAGAGGAAGCAACAUGAACUACGUGGGAGAAACGAAUGCUAAUUGGCCUGGUAGAACUAUGAACCCGUCAGUGGGAGAAGAUGCUGCAAUUUGGGAAUUUGACAGCAUUCCAGAUGUGAUUGGAGAAUCUGUGAGUCCUGGAGAAAGAAUUCAUAAUCAGGAAACAUCUGGACAGUGGACCUGUUUUAGCACAACUGCUUUAGAAGAAACAUCAGACACCACUGGAUUCAAUGCUGUAGCUCCAGAAUCAGUAAAUAUUAGAGGAACUGGUGCUAAAAUGGCCACAUCUGGAGCUUGUGCCAAAAUUAUUGCACUUGAAGAAACAGCCAACAUCUGGAGAACCAAUAUACACCAGAGUGAUGCUGGAAAAAUGGUGCAUAUUGGAGAAUCUAGUGGUGAGUUGACCUUGUUUGGAGAAACAGAUGGUACGAAAUGCGUCCAGAUGGAACUGGUUGUCACGGAGGAAACCUUACAAACUUCUGAAACCAACAUUAGUCCAGUGGUUGCUGAAAAAAUUGUUCAUACUGAAAAAUCCUGUGCCACAUCUGGAGAACAAGCACAUAACAGGAGCAAUUCAUCUGUUCGAGAAAAAACACCAGGAACCUUUAAAACAAGCAUUAGUCCAAAUGUAGCUGAUGAAAAGGUGGAUAUUGGAGGAACCCAUGUUAGAUCCUCCACAUGUAGAGAACAUGCAGGUACCAGUCCAGUUCUUUUAGAAGGAACCUGUGAGAACCUUGUCAGUUUGAGGGUAGCAGAAGAAAGAGCAGGUACUUGGAGAACCAUUGCUGAACCAGUCCUGGGCACACAUGAGAAGGUAAGACCACUAGAUGUCAAAACAGCCACUAAUGUAGCUGAAAAUCUUGGAGUGUUACCACAAGAUCGGGUUAGUGGGAAUUCCAGACUGGGGAACUGUUUUGGGAAGCGUCUGAGUUCCUGUUGUACGGAGUUGGAGAUGCAAAUCCCGAACGGUGAAUUACAGACAGAUGAAGUUCACUGUGAAGGAACAUUUCCAAACAAAGCUCCAGAAAAAGGUGUUCGAGUGGGAAACUGCGGAUACUUAGUUAUAAACCGAAGAACCGUUUCAGGAACCCCUGUUUAUUCCGUGGGUGAACCUUGGAACACCAGAGAACUGCAACAGGAAGCGAGAAGCACCUCGAAUCCUGGAGCAGAAACCAUUUUAAAUCAUUCAGAAGCUACAGUAAAUGAAGGAGAAAGCGAGCAGGUGAUGGAAACCAGACCUGAGGACGGUGUGGGAGCAGCGAGACCGCGGAGUCUGAGGACUGGUCCCGGGCAGGGGGUGUCGCUUAGCUGUAACUCCACCCCCCUGGGUGAGGGAAACCUGGGUUAUUUUGCAGAUGAUGGAGACAUGGAUGUGAUUAUGAACAGCUUGGAGCUCGGACGUCGUCAGAGCGCUCCUGAGACACUUCAGGAGAGCGAACACGCCCAUCUCGGACCUUCAGCCUAUCAGUCUCCAAACAGGAGGCACGGAUUCACCGACUUCAUCACCAGAAGCCUGUUCUCCUGGAAGCCCAGAGAGACGAAGGUUGCCGCAUCAGGAUGGAGAUUAUUCGGGAAAAUGUCUUCCCGGGAAAACACCACCACCAAAGAGUCCAGAGUCCCACAGCAGCAGCCAAAUCCGGUGAGACGUAAGAACCUGGAGUUUGAGCCUCUCUCCACCACGGGUCUUAUUCUAGAGAACAGACCUGCGAACCUCCCGGCCAAAUCAGAGGAGGAAGCUCAGAGACACAGACAGCAGUAUGAUGAGAUGAUGGCAGGAGCCAAGAGGAGCGAGCUGAAGGAAGCUCAACGUAAAAAGAAGCAGAUGAAGGAGAGACACCAGCAGGAGGAGAUCAUCGCUCGUGCUUUGGUGGUCUGGAACACGGAGAUCCUGCCCAACUGGGAGAACGUGAGGAACACGCGGCGUGUGAGGGACUUGUGGUGGCAGGGUCUCCCACCCAGCAUCCGGGGCAAAAUCUGGAGCCUCGCCAUCGGGAAUGAGCUCAACAUCACGCCUGAGCUGUAUGAGAUCUUCCUGUCUCGAGCUAAAGAGAAAUGGCGCAGUUACAGUGAGACUGGUUCUGUCAGUGAGAGUGAAGAUUGUGGUGUGGAUAAGGAGUCGAGUCUGGACCUGAUUAAGCUGGACAUUUUCAGGACUUUCCCUUCACUCUACAUUUUCCAGAAGGGUGGACCAUAUCACGAUAUUCUACACAACAUCCUCGGCGCGUACACGUGUUACAGACCUGAUGUAGGAUACGUGCAGGGAAUGUCCUUUAUAGCUGCUGUUCUUAUCCUGAACCUCGAGGAAGCUGAUGCCUUUAUUGCCUUCGCUAAUCUUCUUAACAAACCCUGUCAGAUGGCUUUCUUCCGGGUGGACCAUGAUUUGAUGCUGAAGUAUUUUGCUGCAUUUGAGGUUUUCUUUAAGGAGAAUCUGCCCAAAUUAUUCCAGCACUUUCAGAACAAUAGUCUGACUCCAGACUUUUACCUCAUAGACUGGAUCUUCACGCUGUACAGUAAGCCUUUGCCGCUGGACGUGGCGUGCCGCGUGUGGGAUCUGUUUUGCCGAGAUGGAGAGGAAGCACUGUUCCGUACGGCGUUGGGAAUCCUGCGUCUUUAUCAGGACGUCCUGCUGCAGAUGGACUUCAUCCACAGUGCCCAGUUCCUGUCCCGCCUCCCGCAGAACACCCCGGCACACCUGCUCUUUAUCGGCAUCGCCAACACUGACAUGCUCAGCAACAACGGCCGCUGGAACCAGGUUUUUUCAGCGCUGAUGAAAGAUGGACCUAAAGACGCCGAUAAAACAGGAAGUCCCGCCUUACGCAGCUAACGAGGCGGUUUUAUAUGAAGUACGUGAUUUUUGGGAACGAUCAUGUACAGUGUUAACGACUUCAGCCGAUCUGUCUAACGCAGAGAAGCAUUUCAGUGUGUGUGUGUGUAAGGUAUUUGUUUAAAGUUAAGUCAUGUGUCUAAUGUUUGUGAUUGUAAAUCUUAUACACGCUAACAUGUACGUGUACGAUUAGCGUCGUGAAGGUCGUCGUGAAGGUCGGAGUUGAUCCUAAACCUGAUCAUGCAUUCCCGAGCUAGCCUAGCUAACGCUACUAACAUAGUGAGCCAUCCAGCCAAGCAUUAAGUUCCCGCCUUUUUUUUGAUGUCACAAGAAGUUUUUUUUUUACUCUUUAUUUUGACGUUUCCAAGCGAUGACACGUGUGCAGACGUGCACAGUGUUGCCAAAUAACACAAUUUGUUUGAUAGGUUUUUUAAGAAUAUUACGUGACUACAUUUUAAAGGUAAAUUCGCAGAUUUUUUGUUCAUUAUGGAGAUUUAUUUAUUUAUUUUAAAGCUGAAAUGAAAAGAUUUAAUGAAACAAUAAUGAGUUCUCUGAAGGAUCAUGAAGUUACUGUGUCUUACUGGAGCGUAAUGACUUAAUGAUUACUAACAUGGUAUUAUCUGUGUGUAUUUACACACACACACACACACACACACACAGAUACACACUACUGUAUCCUACAAAGACAUACACACACACACACACACUGAUAUACACACUUGUGCAAUCCUUACAAAGACACACAGAUACACAAUAGUGCAAUUGCCACACACACACACACACACACACACACACACACACACACACACAAGUGCAAUUCUUACAAAGUACGCACACACGCAAAUACACACUAAUGUGAGUCCUACAAAAUUAUUUGCACACACAGAUUCACAUUAGGGCAAUUCCUACACACACACACACACACACACCCCCACACACACACACAGACACAGAUAUACACUAGUGCAAUUCUGAAAAACACACAUUAACACACACUAGUGUGAGUCCUACAAAGAUUCACACACACACACACACUCACAAAUACACACUAGUGCCAAACCCAAUAAUACUCACACACACUUCUUUCUUUUUUCUGUUCCUGAAGUUCAGUUUCAGAGAGUUCAGGUCUCACGAGUCCCUCACACUUCUAAACUGUUGCAAAACUUUAAAAACCCCUUACAUGUUUCUCAGUAAUUCCUCUGAGGAACCCUUUAAGUUUCUUUAUGGUCGAGAGGGAGGUCCUGGAGGAUCAGUUUAAACACUCGAGAUUUUACCGCUAACGCAAGUCUGUACGUCUGCACUUUUAUUUGUCUGGGAGAAGAAUGUAGAACUUUAACAUGAAUCAUCUUCAGUUAGAACCCUUAAGGAACCCUUAUUUAUCCAGGAAACUCUUGAAGAACCUUUUAAUUUAAUGGUUAAUCUUAAUGUAGGUGAUGAAACAGUUUUCUUUCUUCAGGAUAUACAACUUGGACUUGUAACUUCCUGAUCGACACUCUGAGGUUCUUCAAGGGUUCUUCAGCUCAUAUGUUCAGGCUCUUCAUAAACAUAUUUAAAUGUGUAUAUAUAAGGUUCUGAUUUAAAUGGUUUGAAAUGGAGUUUCUGGACUUCUAAGAAGGUUCUCAUUCUACAGCGGUCCAGUUUUUGAUGAUCAUUGUGCUAAUGAGUUCUGUGGAGGUUCCCAGUAGAGACCAUUUGGAUUGCUGAUACAUGAGUAAGGGGUUCCUUUCCUUCAGACAGAGUUCUAAUCAGAACCUUCUGUAAUAGUAGAAGAAUAAAUUGAAACACUUGUAGACUUUGAUGUUCUUGAGUGGCUCAUUGGAGUUCUGGACUUCCUGGAAGGGUUCUUUCUAAGGGUUCUGAUCAAUUUAAACUUGGAGGCUUUCAGGGUUCUUGGCUUUCUGUAACAGUUCCACUGGAAACCUCUCCUAUUUAAGGUUCUACUUGGAAAUAUUUUCGAUAAACAAUACAGUGUAGAGUUCGUUCCUUAGUCGGGCUACUUUAAGGGUUCUCCUUAGAACCUUCUCUGAUGCUGGUUCUAUAUUUAAGGGCUCACUUGAUGGUCCAGUUCCAGGAUAAUUGUUGCCCCACCCACUUUCAGAAAAUGAACCUAUUUGAUUGACACACCAGGCGACCAAUCAAAUCCCUUUUCUCAGUCAUGUGAGUUUUUUUAGUCACCUUUCAUGAACAUUGUUUUUUUUUCUGAAAUCUGAAACUGUAAGAAUUAUUAUUUGCUAGCUUUUUAUUUUCAGCUUCUCCAGGUGUAGCAUCAGUCUGCUUACUCAGCACUUUAUUUUAUUAAGAAUUUUAUUGGCCAAUAGCAGACCGGCUUGAGGAUAAUAAUAAGACGCAUGUGUGGUCUUUCUGGCAUCUCAUAUCAUUGAGUUUUUACCAUAAGAAUGAAGCUGAAGCAAAAGUUUCUACCCCCCCUCCAUCCUGUAGCUGCUGUUUGCUGGAGCUCCAGAGCCAAACAUCUCACUUCCUGUUUCAGAGUUUGUUACGUGUCUUUCACGGCCUGAUUGAGGUUUUAUAUAAAAUUGUUUGACCCCCGUGGCCUUCUGGAGUCCUGUAACACGCUAAACAGUUCACACUGAGACGCCUCACCACCAUCACCAUCCUCUUUUUCAUCUUUACAACAUUUACAGUCGACUGACGACUGACGGAACUCACCUGCUUUUCAUCACUUGUUAAAUUCCACUUGGUUCUUGUACAGGUUUUUUACAUGCUGUCAGUGUUGUAUAGAAAAUGUGAAAUAUAAAUUAACAUUCCAACACGA